UUUGGUAAAUGCUCAAUUCUCGCACAUGUCCAAUUGAUAUUUAUCUACUCCUUCUGAAUUGCAUUUUGUUGCGUGUGUUUAGUGCACUCGUUUCAUUGACCGCAGUAGAGUAGUAGUGGAAGUUUCUCAAGUUGUCGUAUUGAGAAAGACAUUGCAAAAGCUCUCUCAUGGUGUGGGUUCAUAUCUACUACAUGGCAGCAGUGCUGCUCUUCAUCCAGCCAUAUUGCAUUGUUCUAGCGCCUGCUAUAUUUUAGUAUUGUAAUAUCACAUAACGUCGUAUGCCAAUAGGCAUAGCAUCUAUUCUUCCCCUCCGUGAUGAGUCCAAAGCUGAGCUUGGAUCUACUGACAGGCAGGCUUAAUUGAAGCAAAUGGAGAGCUCAAGCUUUUUUUAGACCAAAAUCUUAGUCCUGGUAAAGGUGUGUUAUCAUUAGUGGCUGUUCAUCCAACAACUCUAACUAUGGGAAAACAGCUCCUGCCAAAAACACUCGGACCCUCCAACGUUAACAUUACGCCACACAUGGUCAUCAGCACCCCGCAGAGAUCCACAGGGACAAAUGCAGUCCUGCUUGGCAGUCCUCACACACCAAAUACACAAUUCAUCACACAGAGCCAGGUGGCAGACUCUUCUCCCUGGUCCACAGGUAAGCGGAAUAAGAAAGGGGAGAAGAAUGGCAAAGGGCUGAGGCAUUUCUCCAUGAAGGUGUGCGAGAAGGUUCAAAGGAAAGGAACGACCUCUUACAACGAGGUCGCCGAUGAACUGGUGGCAGAGUUCAGUACCCCAGAUAACCACAUUUCACCCAAUGAUUCACAUGUUUAUGAUCAGAAAAACAUCAGACGUCGAGUCUAUGAUGCCUUAAAUGUGCUUAUGGCAAUGAACAUUAUCUCUAAGGAGAAGAAGGAAAUCAAAUGGAUAGGGCUCCCGACCAACUCAGCUCAGGAAUGUCAGAAUUUAGAGGUGGAGAGGCAAAGAAAACUUGAGCGAAUAAAGCAAAAGCAAUCCCAGCUACAGGAGCUCAUUCUACAGCAAAUUGCCUUUAAAAAUCUUGUUCAGAGAAACCGACUACAAGAGGAGCAGACGAGUCGACCCCCGCCUUCCAACUCUGUGAUCCACUUACCCUUUAUAAUAGUGAACACCAGCAAGAAGACAGUCAUUGACUGCAGCAUCUCAAACGACAAGUUUGAAUAUUUAUUUAACUUUGAUAACACUUUUGAAAUUCACGACGACAUUGAGGUGUUGAAGCGAAUGGGAAUGGCCUGUGGUUUAGAGUCUGGGAAGUGCUCACCAGAGGACCUGAAGAUUGCCAGGAGCUUGAUACCCAAGGCACUGGAACCAUACCUAACAGAAAUGGCUCACGGAUCAAUCAACAAUGUUUAUGUCCCAGGAGAGACUUCCAAUGGGGGUCGUUGUCAUACUGGGAGUGACAAUGGUGCAGAAGGAACAGUGGCCUCCAGUUCUAAUGGCUCACAUUACAGUGGCUCCAGAGUGGAGACCCCUGUGUCCUACAUGGGGGAUGAUGAUGAAGACGAGGACGACUAUGAUGAGAAUGAUGAUGAAGACUAACCCUACCUGAUCUUUUGUAACUUCAGAUCAGCCAGCUUCAGGAGUAACCUUUUGGUCUGAAUCCUUUGUCUUUUUUUAGAUUGUUUCCUGUUUGUUUGCAGGCUAGACAAGUUGGGCCAAGAGUAUGCUACUAAUACAAAGGUAGAGAAGGACAUUGUACUUGGGGUUUGUUGUAUGUGUGAAUGUGUGUGGGGAGGGUUUAUAAGCGUGUAAUUGUAAAAUCCUUGGCUUUCUCCUUUUAUUUUUUCUUCCUUCCAGUGUAGACCUAUAAAGGGAUUGAUUUUUUUUUUUUUUAAUUGUCAAGGAACAUGUGUUAUAGUCUCGUUAUAAAAUAAAGGAGAUCUUUUUGGAAGUA